AUGAAUGAGCAGGAAGUGACUUACACAGAACUGAAACAUCACACUCCUUCUGAGCAGCUGAGGAGUCAAAGACCUAGGAAUUCUGAGAGCAAAGACCCAUCAGUUCCAGCUUCUCCCUGGCGGAUCAUUGCAGUGAUUCUGGGGAUCCUCUGCCUGGUGUCACUGGGAGCAGCAGUGGCCUUGGCUGCCAAGGCGCAGCAAAAUACAGUCUCAAAUUUCCACUCUUAUAACCCACUAGAAAUGAGAAAGAAAGAGGCGAUCUACACGAAUACAAAAUGUCUCACUCCUCCUAAGCAGCAGUUGAAUCAAAGACCUGAAAAUGCAGAAAUCAAAGAUUCCCCUGCUUCAGCUCCUCCCUGGAAGAUCAUUGCGGUGAUUCUGGGGAUCUUCUGCCUGAUAUUGUUAGGAGUCUCAGUGGCCUUGGCUAUCAAGCAUCAUUCCUGUCCGGGAUGCCCUGACCAGUGGGUACGAUAUAGAGACAGCUGUUACUACUUCUCCAACGUGAAGAGAGAUUGGAAUUCUAGCCGGAAUUUCUGUUCUGCCCAAGACUCAGGGCUCUUGGUAAUCAGUGACACCAAGGAAAAGAACCUGUUCCUGGGGAUCCAUACAGAAGAACACUGGAUUGGAUUGACAAAUCUCAGUGGCUCUGGCUGGGCCUGGGAAGAUGGCUCAACACUCAGCGAUAUAAAGGUCACCUCUAACAGCCCCGUGCAGCACUGUGGUGUCCUGGGGAAGGGGGCCCUCCAGGCCUCCAGCUGUGCAGUUCCUUUCCCAUGCAUCUGUGAGAAAUCCUCCAAGUAA